CAUUUCCCAGCAGCCCCAGCUCUCCGUCCCACCGUAUCCAGGAAGGAAUGUUCCCGUUGUCAAGCAAACCUUCCCCGCAGGCUACAGCAGCAUUACCCAACGAGACAAGUUUGCAAAACAGUGCGAGAAUAAAAUGUUGGACGAAGAUAAAUUUAUAAUUUCCUGAUGCUUGUAAGAUAAUAUUUUUUAAAUCAAACCUGUGAAAACGUGACGUGUAAACAGAAAAGUUGUGUUUUUAAAAUAGGUGGAGAGUUAAAUUAAGGCUGGUAAGAGAAGAUGAAUCCAGUUAGGCGUCCAGGCACGGCUCAUUCUUUUGUGACAGAGUUUGAGGGUUCUGGGCAAAUAAACCCGAAUCCUGUGACUGCUAACGACUCAGAUCUCCUGUUCGAUAUUUACCUCUCUCCUGCAAAGCUGAGAGCCCUGUCUGGGUCUGAUGAUCUUCAGCAGGUCACAAGCUUGGAGAUGUGUGUUGACACCCAGCAAACUAUCUUGGGCAACUUUGGUGUUCACUUGCCCAAUCUUGUGCAGCUGAAAAUGAAUAACAGUCUGAUCUUAUCUGUGCGGGAUCUCGGAAUCACUCUGUCCCACCUCCAAGUGCUCUCCCUGGUUCGAUGCGGCCUAGCCGACUUGGAAGGGCUCUCCUCACUGUCCUCGCUUAAGGAGCUGUAUGUGGCCUACAACAAUGUGUCAGACCUGAGCCAGGUAUGCAUGCUGGAACAGCUGGAACUGGUGGACCUGGAGGGGAACGAUGUAGAUGACCUGGUUCAAGUGCAGUACCUGGGUCUGUGUGGGAAGCUAAAAACCCUGACACUGGAGGGAAACCCUGUAUGCACAUGCCCCCAUCCAGGAGCAUCACAGGUGUCUGAGUACAACUAUAGGUCUGCUGUGAGGAAGCUAAUUCCACAACUUCAAGUCCUGGAUGAUACUCCAGCAGAGGAGGAAGAGCCUCGCUACUCCAGUGCUAUGAUAGAGGAUUGGGCUCUGCUUAAAGAGUCCAUUAAAGACACUACCUCCAUUACAGACAUUGCCAGUGACUGCCUGGAACUCAAGGAAUUAAGAGGUGCAAGUGUGUGUGACUUGUCACGGCCCGGGUCUGCCCAGCGCCCAGGCACCAGUGUGGGAUACAGAAGUCCUCUCAGUCGCCCUGGCACUGCCAGGCCUCCUUCAUCCUCUGUCAGCUCCAGACCGAGCUCAGCUGAUUCGGAUGCAGAUACUCCAGACUACGAGGCCAGUGAUUUGACACAUGGGGUGGGAAGAGUUCUCUUCUGUGGGAAUCCUCUUCAGGCCAUUCGGGCACGACGACAGAAAAUAAAAGUAGGGCUACCAGUCCAGCUUCAAGGCCCCAGCUCUCACUCCAGACCCUGUACUCAGCUAGGUAGUUAUGUCCCUGAGCACACGUAUGAUGUUGAAGAAACAAACAGUCAGGACCGCAGUGAUGUGUUCGCUGAACUCAGAGCCUGGAGAAAAGAACAUAACAAACGUCUUUUGGCCAUUGAGAGAGACCGUCAGCCACAGGUGAUGAGAAUCGUGCAUCGUGAUGAUGAUGAUGAUCAUGAUGAUCAUGAUGAUGAUGAAAAUAAAGACAGCAGUAAUGAAUAUGAUGAAGGAGCCCAUAGUCUCAGCCUCAUCAGUGACAGAGAAGAUGAAGAGGGAACCAAGGAAGGACAAAAGACUGGCCAUAGAGAUACUCAGUCUCCUGAUUCCUCAUUCCAGUCUCCUUCACCAGAGGUGUCCCGGCUCUCGUCUUUAUCAAACCACACGGUGGCUCCGUCUCCACCACCCAGAGCUGCAGCGCCCUCUACUGGCAAGAGGAUAGCAGAGAUUCGAGCCCGCAGACUUAAAGUCAGUAACGUGGGGGUUGGUAUGCAAAAGCUUAACAGGGAAACCAUUACAUCAGAUGUAACAGCAUCAAGAGAUAUGAACCAUAAGGUUCUGUGCCCUGGGGCUUUGAAAAUGCAACCUGCCCCGCCUCAGAUCCAUUAUAAGCCUCAUAGACCAGGCUCCAGCCCCAUGAUCUCUCCGCAAAGCGAACCCUGUUCAACUAGUCCAUCCAACAGUGAGCACAAGCCAGUCAUUUGCUCAGUGAUGCCUGAGAGGCCAACGCCCACACGUCCUCAUACAGCAAGAGCUGCGCUGCAGAGACCUCCUGUCCUUCCCAGUAAAGCAAGUGGCCACCUGGACUGAGGCCUUCUGCUUCUCAGACAUUGUGGACUGCUUAUAUCUCUCUGGAGGACAUUUUAAGGCAGGAGCAUGUGGGCUGAAUGAUGGAAGGAAAGAUCUGUGGUUAAGAGUAAUGUUCUCUCUCACUCCAUCAGCCAGGCUUAGUGGCUUAUGGCUUACGGAUGCCUUGGCUAAGUGGACAAAUUGAAGACACUGAACUGUAUCAUGCAAUGAAAGUAUAGUCUUCUUGCUCUAUCAUUUCUCAGGAAAUAUUUCGAAAGAAAUAAAUUUUUGUCUAAAAAGAAUACACUAAAUAUUCCCCUUUCAACCUAAUAUGCUAGUAAUUAGCAGCUGGUCCACCUGCCAUACAGUCAGAACAGACACAACUUUGAAUCAUAUUUUAUGCACCACUAGGGGAUGCUCUUUGAAAGUCAACACACUGACAUUUCCAGCCUUUAACUAAUGGCUUUUUUUAACAUAUGGCUUAAAGACAAAUAGUAGGAAAAAAAAUAAUAAUUUAAUGAAUAAUUAACAAUGUAAUAUGCCACAGACUACAAAUAAUUUGUAUUUUUAUUGUGGCUUUUUCAUGUUAAUAUAUUAACAUCCUUAA